AAUUUUCCCCCCUCUGUUUCUGUCACUCUCUCUCCCUCUCUCUCUCUCUCUCUCUCUCUCUCUUCAACGUCCGUCGGUCACUUCCACUUCUUCUGUCUCAAAUGGAAUGAUACCUCUCCCACUUUUUUCAACUCUCUCUCUCUCUCAAAUUUCUCAAAUCAAUUUCACUGAAAUCUCGCUUCAGGUUCUCCAUUCUACGACUUUGGGCUCGUAAAUCAGCGCUUUUGAACUCAUAUUUACCGGAGCACAUCUCGAUUUUCUUUUUCUAUUUUUUUUGGUUUUUUUUUAGUUUUUAGGGAUUCCAAAUUCGUCGAUAUAAAGCACGUCUUAGCCAUUCUCGAGUUCCAGAAAGCUCUUUGUAAGGCCAAGGAUCCCAACUGUGUACUUGUAAGGUCAGAAAAGCAAACAUUUUGGCCUCGGUGAAGUUGAUGCGAAAAAGUUGUGGUGGCAAGAUACCAGAGCUGACGAAGAGAUGCAGUUGGCUUGGACUCAACUGAAAUGAAGAACGUACAGGAUCUGCAGAAUACACCAGAAGUUCAAUCCUCAACGCAGGUUUCACAAGAGUCCCAAGGUGACCAACAGAACAAUGGUGCAGAGGUUCCUGUUGGAGACUCGGGUUCAAUCUCCACUUCAAGUCAUGAUAAUAGGAAAGUUUCCCGGGAGGAUAUUGAACUUGUCCAGAAUUUGAUAGAACGGUGUCUACAGUUGUAUAUGAAUAAAGAUGAGGUGGUAAAAACCCUCUUGAAUCGUGCGAGGAUAGAUCCUGGAUUUACAACUUUGGUGUGGCAGAAGUUGGAAGAAGAAAAUGCUGACUUUUUCAGGGCCUAUUACAUAAGGCUAAAAUUGAAGAAACAAAUUAUCUUGUUCAAUAAUUUGCUUGAGCAUCAGUAUCACCUGAUGAAGUAUCCUGUACCUCCGAAGGUCCCUUUGGCUCCGAUACAGAAUGGUAUUCACCCAAUGCAAGUUAACAACUUACCUAUGGGAUACCCCGUCCUACAGCACCCUCCGAUCCCAGCUACAGGUCAACCUCAUCUUGAUUCCAUGGGCUGCGGAAUAUCUAGCUGCCAUGUGGUUAAUGGAGUGCCGGCACCAGGAAAUUUCCAUCCCAUUCGGAUGCAUUCUGGGAACGAUAUGGUAAUGGACAGCAGCACAGCCGAUGUGCCACCGGCUCUCCCACCAAGCAGUGCCAUGUCAGACAUGGCCGUGAGCCCUCCAUCAGUGGCAUCUACUGGCCAUUUCCCCUUUACUGCUUCAGAAAUAUCAGGCAUGGGAGUAGACACGUCAGCCCUUGACACAGCAUUUACUUCUGAUGUUGCGAGUUCAGUAGGAUUGCAGCUUCCACCAGAUAAUGGGGCAGGGAAUUCAAGAGAGUCCCUCAGAUCACUGGCUCAGAUACCCUGGAAUUUUAGUCUCUCUGAUCUGACAGCAGAUUUGUCAAACUUGGGAGAUCUAGGAGCCUUGGGAAAUUAUCCUGGUUCCCCCUUUUUGCCUUCUGAUUCAGAUAUAUUACUUGAUUCCCCAGAGCCAGAGGAUAUAGUGGAGGAGUUCUUUGUUGAUUCAGCCCCGGGGCAACCAAACUCUCAAUCCGAUGAAGAGAAACCUUCAAUCUGAUUGCAGUGUGGGCCUUCUAAUUAUUUAGGUUAGGUUAUGUUUGUUGUACAAUAAAAAGUGAGAUGAAACUGUAAUGUUGCAUAUUUUAGCUAGGUAUUCAAGGUUAGGCUAUUAACCUUUUCGAGCAUUUGAGGUUCAGUAAUGUAGUGAGAUCUAUAUUUCCUCGCUGUUCAUGAUUUGUAACGUUAGUUUAAUUUCUCAUAAUCAUUAUUGGAUAUUGAAUUA